UGUAACUUUGAAUUUUUUUAAGCAAAAAUAUAACAUGGAUCGCGAGAUUUAUCGCUCGUAUAAAAUUUCAAUUUAGUUGCUCUAAAAAAUAAGUCUUUAUACGAAAGAAUCCCUCAUCAUUAUUCAAUAAAAGGUUGAAUAAUCCUAAGAAGAAAUAAUGUAGCUAAGCAAAAACACGCGAAAAUUCGUUAUACUUUAUUUACUUUCUUAGAAUAGAAUUUAUUCAAGUUGCGCACUUCAGUUUCGCUUCGUUCAAAUUUAAUUCCAUCCCGCAAUUAAAAUUGACAAAUGAACAGUCUUGUAUCUUUUAUUCGCCAUUCAAAUCUGUUAUCACUGCAGAUAAGAAUGUCCAUCUGGCAUGAAAAGUACGCUGACACGUAGCGCCAUCGAAGUGAUAACAAAAAUUACGGGACGUCAUCGGCGCAUCAACAUGGUUACGGAUAGUUGUUCCUACGCGAUAAUGCAACGGAAAUGUUAAAGUGUUAUCGCAUUUAAAUAAUACCAGAGAGGGGAUCGCGGAAUAAUUGUCGAAAUAUCGUGCGGAUAAUACCGGAAAUCGGCGCGUAAAACAUCGACGUUCUUAUACUCGAUCUGUAGUCGAUCGAGCAGCAUGCGAUGCUCAUGGUUUCGUGAUACUAAGAUGUAGAGAAACAGCGAGUCCAUGUAUUUUGUCGCCAGUGGAAAAUUGAGGGUUGUCGUUAAUUUAUUCAAUUUUACCAUGAUGCCAUAAUUAAGAAGAGAAGAGGUAUUGGAUACACUAUGAGCUGCUCUGUAGAAUUAAGACAGCGCAGACAGCAGGGGAUGGCGGAGGAUCCUCACAAACUUGCAGCAAUGAUGAAUAAAUCUCAGAGGCUAGUCCUCGGACUGUUAGUUUUACUACUAGUCGAUAUAAUUUGGGUCUCCAGUUCUGAGCUAACUAAAUAUAUUUAUAGAGAAGCAGCUUUCGAAAAGCCAUUUUUUAGUACAUAUGUAAAAACAUCAAUGUUUACGCUUUAUUUGCUUGGUUUAUGUUUCUGGCCUCCAUGGCGGGAUCAGUGUAACAAACCAGCAACAUACAUGUUCAUAGAUCCUAACGUGGAAGAUGAUAACUUUUAUUCAGAAGCCAAUACUAGUUUGAGCGAUCCAACAUUCGUUCCAAUAAAAACGCCAGACCAGUGUGAUCGUUCUUCGGGCACAGAAAGCGACGAUUCGUCUAUACGUUCUGUGAGAUUUAGUAAGUUAGCAGAAGUCCGACACAUGUCAGAAUGCGAUGCUACCGAAGCAUUAUUAGCGAGGCUCAGCUAUCAAGCGAGCUUAAGAGCUGGGGAACACGCGAGGCGGCAAGCCAAUAAAUUUUGUGUUCAAAAAGUUGCAAAGAUUGCGCUUAUGUUUUGUUUGUUUUGGUUUAUGGCUAAUUAUACUUAUCAGAUAUCAUUAGCAAAGACCGAAGCAGGAGUUGUAACAGUACUGUCAUCAACUUCGAGUUUAUUUACUUUGUUCCUCGCUGCUGUUUUUCCUAGCAAUGGAGGAGAUAAAUUUACGCUGUCCAAGUUAGUUGCUGUGUCUGUCAGCAUUCUUGGGCUAGUAUUAGUUGGUCUUUCGGAUUUAACGAUAGAAACUAAUAAGAUACCCACAGGCAUAAUAUUGGCGCUAGUCAGUGCAUUUUUUUAUGCAGCUUACAUUGUAUUCCUAAAACGGAAAGUAGAUCACGAAGAUAAAAUGGAUAUUCCAAUGUUUUUCGGGUUUGUCGGGCUUUUUAAUCUGACGCUUCUGUGGCCAUUGUUUUUUAUUCUUCAUUACGCCCACUGGGAAGUAUUCGAAUGGCCAGAUACUCACCAGUGGACAUUUCUAAUCAUUAAUGGUCUGAUUGGUACUGUUCUAAGCGAAGUACUUUGGCUAUGGGGCUGUUUUUUAACAUCGUCCCUCAUAGCAACUCUUGGGGUUAGUUUAACAAUGCCAAUGUCGAUGAUAGCUGAUGUGUUAUUAAAAAAGGUCGAGUACCCUUACAUAUUCUAUCUAGGAACUAUUCCAAUGCUUUUAGCAUUUCUGACUGUAUCUCUUCUAUCUUAUUACGAUAAUUGGGAUCCAGUCAUGGAUUUGAUGAAGAGGAUUUACAUUUGGAUUUGUCGAAAAAAUAGAUCGACAAGAAUACCAGAUCUUGAAGCAGAGCAAACAGAAUCGCUUAUAGGAAUAAAUAACGGUGAACACGAGGCUUAACUCGACAAUAACGGAGAAACUAUGUAAUAAAUGUGUUUUAUGUAUGUAUAUUUUCCACACACCUAACAACAAAUGCUUCAUCUACAAGCAUAAAACGUUAUCAAUGUACCGUAUAUAUGUCUUGAUAUAGUUACCUCCUACGACGAGAGGGUUCUGUAUAUAUUUUAAACUGAAUGAUCUGUGCAUAUUUAACUAAAAAGCAUUUUCACGAAGAUUAUCCAAGCAAUGUUAAACAUAAAAUAAUAGUCGAUAGCUCUUCUUUCUACAAUGCAUACGUUACCGUAAUGAUUUGCCAUAAAAAUUAGAUUCUACCUUUACGCAGAAUAUUACAAUACUGCCAGACAAUAAUUGCGCAUUGUUCGAUAUACAUAUUCUUUGAACACAAAAUUAAUUCUCAGACUUUUGUUUAAGUAUAUCGUAAUGUCGAUAACAGUCUCUUCGUGACUAUAUUAUUUUUCUUAUAAAAAUUAUGAAGAGUCAAAUCUACUAUUGUAAUCUUACAAAACAUACAGAAUUAAGGCUAUUAAGGAAUGUAUCUAGCUUUUGUAUUCAUUGUAUAUUUUUAAAGAAAGUUGUAGUAUAUGAAUUGAAGGUUAAUUACGAUGUUUUAUGAGAUAUAAAACAUGUAGAUUGUGAUACAUUCGUUGAAGACAUUAAGUUUCUAUUGGUACAUAAUGUUAUAUUUUUAUCCAAGUAUAUGCAUUGCUAAACACUUGUAUCUUGUAUAUUAAGCUACAUUGAAUAGAGAUGAAUUAUUUGCAUACAUAAUUUGGAGAGACCUGGUAAAAGUAACAGUAAAAGUAAUAGACUCUUUGAUUUCUCGAUCUUUGUAGAAAAAUCACAUAUACCUCCAUUAUAAAAAAAAAAAGGCUGAGAAACUAAAGGGUACUUACCUACUUACAUUAUAUCUUGUAGCGAGUAACAUUUAAAAUUGGUAGUAAUUACGUUGUAAUUAUUGUUACUGUUAUUAUUAGUAUCCUUUAUUUAAAGUAUUAUUUUGGUAAAUUUUUAACACGAUUAUUUAUCUUGUCAUUGUUUAAAACUCACUUAAAAAAAAAAAAACUGGAAGAACAGUAAAAGAUUAAGAAAGUAAAUAAUUUAAUUUAUAUUGUCCCAUGAAAAUAUCUGUUGGUAUUAUGUAUUUAUUUAUCUAAAAUGAAGUAUGCCCUAAACUCUAAGACAAUGUCAGUGAGAUGUUUGUGCAAUUUUAAUGACAUAAGACAGAAACAAAGAAAGAUAUAUUUAGAUCUUGGACCAAUUUAAAAUUCAGUAUUCAGUAAUACUAACAAAUAUGAUGGCGAAGAAAAACUUGAACAUUGAUACAUUUUAUGGCAUACAACUUUUAUAUAAGAGUGAUAACUACAUCAUCUUUCUCAAAUCUAGUCAAAAUAAUUAUACUGAAACAUUCCUUUGUUUAAGUAGUUUUUACAUACACCAUAAUGUCUGUAAUUGAUAUAUUUAUUCAUGAGGUUACACAUAUUCAUACACAAGUAUAAUUUAUUAAAUUGAUUAUAUGAUUUAUUGAUAAAAUGUUGAUAUUUUUUUUUUAACUGGCAAUGCGCACAAUUUUCUUUAUUAUACAAAAAAACAAGAAGGUUUAAAAAGGAAUCUUGAACAUGUGUUACAUGUUUAUAAUGUUUAUACAGAUUUAAAACUUGCACAUAUAUGCAUACAUGUACACGAUAAAAGAGUUACAUUUGUUAAGUAAGAAAAUUUAUUAUAAUAUUUUGCAAAAAAAAGAAAAAAAAAAGAAUCACUAUACAUAAAUAUAAUACUGUUAGCUUGAUAUUGUGAUAUAAUUAUUAUGGUGCGCAAAUAUACUUCAACUUAGUGUAACAUAAAUCAAGCUAUAAAAUACUGAUGUAGAUCAUAGUUAAUUGUUCCUGCAUCUACUACAGUUGUAUAUUUAUUGUACAUACAAUAUUUUAAAAUUAAGAUUAAAAUUACAUACAUAUUAUAUAAAUA